AUGGUACAGCCCGGCCCGGUAAAGAGGCCGGGCGGCGCUGGCCACCAAGGAAGAGGUAUGGGGCUACGCGCUGGUGGAGCGCUCCGGAGGGCGGGUGCGGGGCCCGGGGCGCCCGAGGGACAGGGACCCGGUGGAUCCCAGGGCGGCAGCAUCCACUCGGGCUGCAUCGCCACGGUGCACAACGUGCCAAUUGCCGUGCUCAUCCGGCCGCUGCCGUCCGUGCUGGACCCGGCCAAAGUGCAGAGCCUGGUAGACACAAUCCUGGAGGACCCUGACAGUGUGCCCCCCAUCGACGUCCUCUGGAUCAAAGGGGCCCAGGGUGGUGACUACUACUACUCCUUUGGGGGCUGCCACCGCUAUGCAGCCUACCAGCAGCUACAGAGAGAGACCAUUCCUGCCAAGCUCGUGAGGUCCACGCUUUCAGACCUGAGGAUGUACCUGGGAGCAUCCACACCAGACUUGCAGUAGCAGCCUCCUGAUAACGUCUACCCCCUCCACGUCAGCAUCACUUCCCGGAGCUCAGAAGAUACAUGCAGCCCCCAGCGGGCAGAAGCUGUAGAAGGGAUAUGUUCUCUUUAUACUUAAGGAGGGAGGUCUGCCUCUUGGUGCCUCUGCACUAGCCCCUAGGGACUAUGAAAAGAUAUCAUGGCCUUGACCCUGAAGAAGUACCAAGAGGAGGAAGUGAGAACGGAGACGGACGUGGAGACAAGGACUCUCAUUUUAAUCUUUAUAUCACUACAUGAACUAUGUACUAGGAAGUAAAGGAAAACCUAGGUCACCAUGGCUUAAGUGACAGAUGCUUGUUAUCCCCAUAGCCUGAAACCUGGAACAGGUGACUAACAUAGUACUGUAUCUAAGGCAGUAUUGUGUCAACAGCUCAGUGAAGGCAGGGCUUCCUCUGGGUAAUUCUUUGUCCUUGUCCUCAUUCGUAGUCACAAGACAAUUGCUAUGUUUCUAGGAAUCAUGUCUCUGCUCGAGGAAGAAACUCACGGGACCAACUUCUGUCAGAAAGGAAAACCUUGUUCAAAGUUUCAGGAACCUGUUCUUUGCAUAUUUGCACAUAGCCACCGUGGUCUGAGCCAGCCACCAUUGCCACCCCAGCUGCAGAGAAAGCCGACAUUAGGAAACGCUGUCACAGCUGAGCGUGAGCCUGGCUUAUCCCCUGGAACUGGCACUACGUCCAAACUCAUCAGCUAAACAAGUGUUCGUUUACCCAUGUUUCUAUAGGUUAGCUAAGCUCCUUUGAGCAGGUCUACUGGGGUGUCUCAUGAGCCCACAGUCGAUCGGGUCUGGUUGGGCUGGGGUCACCUUAACCGUUGUGGCAAGUGUUGUCUGCGUUAGCUUGGUUAUUCUUGUUGCCUCUCUUUCACAGGUCAGCUCAGGCUUAUUCUCAAGAUGACCUCAGGGUUCCAAGAGAGAGUGCAGUAGUGACUAAGCAGGACCUGGAGCUUACCUGCUCACCUGUUAAUAGCACCGACAUGAUGAGUCACAACACUGUAAUCCCUGUUCCAGGUGACCUGAGAUCCUCUUCCAGCCUCUGUGGACACAGAUACAAGCAACACACCCAAUUGCAUUUUUUUUUUUUUUUUAGACACAGGGUUUUUCUGUGUAGCUCUAGCUGUCCUGGAACUCACUUUGCAGUACCAGGCUGGCCUUGAACUCACAGAGACCUGCCUCUACUGCCUCCCAAGUGCUGGGAUUAAAGGUGUGCCCUACUAUCACCCAGGUACAUUUUUUUUAAAGGUGACAAGGUUUCUUCAGCCCCAGUGCCAGGAAUGUGUCUCUGCUGGUCAGUUUAUUCCCUAGAUUUAAGGGGUGCAAACGAACCCAGCUCUCAGUGGGAGGAACUAUAAAGAACGUGGGGCUAUCGUUCAUCACAGAUGAAUUGUGGUGGGCAAAAGAGAGAAUUCCUCACUCCCACACUUAAGCACUCCUUUUUAUAAAUUUAUCACAGAAGCACACAAAGGGCCUUGCCAAGUCAGCCCUGAAGUAACUGUUCUCAAAAUCUAGAAGUCAUGGUCUGGUGUCUUCAAGAGCUGGGUGCCCCACCCCUAAGGGUGACUCACAAGCAGAAUGAGGCGGGUAAUAGGGCAUUCAGAGGGCCUUCUGCAAACCAAGAGUCCAGGAGGCAACAGAAGCAGCAGUGUGAGGUGGCACUUGCUAUGCCAUGCAGAGAUCUUAGUCACUGGUCAUUUUCAAGCCUCUGUUUUCCCAGCUCACUGGUGAGGACACCAGCUUUCCCACCCACCCAGUGUCCCAAAACAUGAGAUUGAAAGAAUAAAAUGGAUCGUGGUGCUGAUUGAUUCUUAGGACCAAAAAGAGACUAGGGAUAGAGCACUUUAGCAGGCCAGCCUGGACUCAUCUGGUCUGGGUUUUAGUUACCUUCCAGUUUGGGUAAUCUCAUCUCUGGACUGGGCUGGAUGAAGAAUGGAUGGGAACUCUUCAGCCUCUGCAACUUUUCUGUAAAUCUAAAGUCAUUCCAAAAUAAAAGUUUAUUUAAUUAAAACACAGAU